AAAAGGUUUCGUCGUUCCAACAAAGAGUUUAUUGAGGAAACACAGUGUGCUUUUGUGAAAGGGGAAAAAAAUAUCUGCCUUCAAACUGAAUAUGAGCCUGGCCUCAUCCUAUCUCUUGUGGGGGUCAUAGUUCAGAGCCAUUCCAAGUUUAUAAACAGCUGAUAGAAGCUGUGAAGUGAACCGUAAAUGUUAGAAACAGAAACUCCCGACCUUCGUGGUAUAUCCAGUUAACUUAAUUACACCGGGGGCGAGACACAACACUGCCGUGUCUCGAAGUGAGGAGACCAUGAAGGUCCACGUGCACACCAAGUUUUGCCUCCUGUGUGUGGUCACGUUCCUGUUCCACCAGUGCAGCCACUGCCACGGUGACGGCCACCACCACCACCACGACCACGGCCAUGCCCGCACCCAUGACCACAGCGACCUGCAGAUCUCCCAGGCGCCCUACAUCCAGGCAGGGGGCCACGGCAACCCCCCAGUCCCCGGGCAGGGCGAUGCCGAGAGUGAGCAGAGGUUCUACAUACAGCAGCUGUUCCGCCGCUACGGCCAGAGGGACCGGCUGGACUUCACAGGGUUCCAGAAGCUUCUGUCCAGCCUCGGGCUAGGGGAGGUGCGAGUGGUGGGGUUGGACCAUGACGACCUGGGCCACGACCACGUGGCACACCUGGAUUUGCUGGAGGUGCAGGAGGGUCUGCACUCCCACUCCCCGGCCCACCCCCACCCUCACCCCCGCAGCCACCCACACCCCCAUCCGCAUCCGCACGCAGAGCCUGAGGAAGACCACGAUGUCAGUCAGAACUCCUGCAACCCAAGCACAGCAGGGGCGACCGUGAACCCGACCGCCAUACCGGCCCCAAGCGGCGGUCCUCUGGAAGACCAUGACCACGAACAUGAUCACGACCAUGAACAUGAACAUGAACAUGAACAUGAUCAUGACCACCGCCACGACCGUGGCGGCAGAAGAGAACAGCAGCGGCAUCGCCAUGACCACCGCCACAAACACCCGCACGCACACCAUCACCACAAGCACAACGGCACGGAAAGCCACCAAGUGCAGCCACAAGAUGCCACGGGCCAUGAGCAGCUAGCACAGCCAGAGCAGCCAUCACAGCCUCCAGGGCAACCAGCGCAGACAGUGCUACCAGAGCAGCCAGGACAGACUGUGCAGACAGAGCAGUCAGUCCAUACAGAGCAGCUGGAGCAGCCAGGACAGACUGCACAGUCAGAGCAGUCAGUCCAGUCAGAGCAGCUGGAGCAGCCAGGACAGACUGUGCAGACAGAGCAGUCAGUCCAUACAGAGCAGCUGGAGCAGCCAGGACAGACUGCACAGUCAGAGAAGCUAGAGCAGCCAGGACGGAAUGCACAGACAGAGCAGUCAGUCCAGUCAGAGCAGCUAGAGCAGCCAUCUCAGGCAAUAUCACCCCAAGACACCAUGACCAAGAGACCCAGGAAGCCUUCAAAGAACAAAGGCUCCCGCAAUAAAAACAGAGGUGUCCCCGCCCUCACACCUGCCCCGUCUGCCAUAGGGGAUUAUGGGAAUGAUAGGAAAGCUUCAGAAGAGCAAGAGGGCACCAAGCAGCCGCAUAUGCAUGACCACGAUCACGAUCAUGGGCAUGUGCAUGUGAAAAAGAGGGAGGCUCCUGGAAGCCCAGUAAACCCCGCCCCCACUGUCCUGGCUAAUCACAGGGGCGUGGACCAUCAGCAUGAGGAGUGUUUGAACCUGACCCAGCUGCUCCACUACUACGGGCUGAGCCCCGACUCACUCAUCUCCCCCACCACCUUCACCUACCUGUGCCCUGCCUUGCUGUACCAGAUCGACAGCCGCGUCUGCAUCCAUCACUACCACCAGGUGGACAUCGCCCACACGGCCCUGGAGCCCGCGCACUCAGCAUGGAUCUGGGUGUGGGGCUUCGUGUCCAUCACCAUCAUCAGCCUGCUGUCCCUGCUGGGUGUGGUCCUGGUGCCCAUCCUCAACCAAUCAUGCUUCAAGUUUCUGCUCACCUUCCUGGUGGCGCUGGCGGUGGGCACGCUGAGUGGCGACGCACUGCUCCACCUGCUGCCCCAUUCACAAGGCCAGCAUGAUCACAGCCACAGCCACUUGGACCCAGAGGCCGACCUGCUGACCGCAUUCGACGGGGUUUGGAAAGGCCUGACCGCCCUAGCUGGAAUCUACCUGCUCUUCAUCAUUGAACACUGCAUUGGCAUGUUCAAACACUACAAGGACCAAGGGGGGAGCUGGUGCAGGAAGACAAGGAAGGACGAUGAGGGGAAGAUCGGGAGGAAGCUGUCGGACCACAAGCUCAACCGGCGCUCAGACGCCGAGUGGCUGCACCUCAAGCCGCUGACCGCCGAUGGGCCUGACAGCUCCAUGCUGUCAUGCGACAGCAAGCACAACAACACCCAGCUGACGGAGCUGCAGGACCCGGAGUCUCCCAGCAAGAGGCCUCUGUCUCCCACCGAUCCCGAAUACGGCCACCGGGGUGUGGGCUCCCCGGCCGUGGAAAAUGGCAGGAAGGCCAAGACGAAGAGGCAUGGUCACGGCCACUCUCAUGGCCACUCCCAUGGCCACGCCCACCACAACCACUGUCACUCGGACCAGGAGAUGAAGGAUGCUGGGAUAGCUAGCAUUGCCUGGAUGGUCAUCAUGGGAGAUGGCAUGCACAACUUCAGUGAUGGUCUGGCAAUAGGUGCCGCCUUCAGUGCCAACGUGACGGGAGGCAUCAGUACGUCUGUUGCCGUGUUCUGUCAUGAGCUGCCCCAUGAGCUGGGCGAUUUUGCGGUGCUGCUGAAGGCGGGGAUGUCGGUGAAGCAGGCCAUCGUGUACAACCUCCUGUCAGCACUGAUGGCCUACGUGGGCAUGCUGAUCGGCACGGCGGUGGGCCAGUACACGCACAACGUCACCAGCUGGAUCUUCGCCAUCACGGCUGGCAUGUUCCUGUACGUCGCUCUGGUGGACAUGCUGCCAGAGAUGCUUCACGGUGACAGCGAGGACCACAAACGCUGCCAGUUCGGUCACUUCCUUCUGCAGAAUGUGGGCAUGUUGACCGGCUUUGCCAUCAUGCUGCUCAUCGCCAUCUUUGAGGACCGCAUCGUGCUGGACUUCGGCUUCUAAAGUU